UAGUUAAAAAUAGCCGUGAAAUCUUUUCAUAAAAAUGAAUACCGUGCUCCAUGAAGAGUGUUCUGGUUUUGUGAAGUCGAUCGGUUGGAAGUACACGAACGCUUGGCUGGUGGGUAAUCUUCUGUGCAAAGUGCUUCUCGUGAUGAGAGCUUUCGGCCUGUAUUUAUCUUCAAAUGUGCUUGUGUGCAUAUCCAUCGAUAGAUUCUUCGCAGUUCUGUACCCUUUGAAGCUAUCUGUUGCAAGGAGAAGAAGUAAGCAAAUGUUAUACGCCGCUUGGAUCUUCGCUUUAGGAUGCAGUUUACCUCAGAGCGCAGUGUUCCGUGUGAUGCACCAUCCCUACAUUGUAGGAUUUGAACAGUGCGUUUCGUUCGACGCAUUCGCGAACGCACGUCUCGAAGUCGCGUACAACGUGUUCUGCCUCUGCGCAAUGUACUUCCUACCACUCCUGAUCAUCACCGUCUGCUAUGUGUGCAUAUUUUGCGAGAUUCGUCGAAGCAGUAACGAACUAAAUGAAAAUUGCGUUCAUAAUAUAAGCACGGUAAGACUCCGGCGGUCAGACAAGCGGGUGCUGGAACGAGCAAGGCGUCGCACUCUCAGGAUGACGGUGACCAUUGUGACCGUGUUUGCGCUGUGCUGGCUACCGUAUGCAACCAUCACUAUGUGGUACAUGGUAGACAGAGAUUCAGCAUCACGCGUGUCACCUCAAGUCCAAGAUCUGCUCUUUGCGAUGGCUGUUUCCAACUCCUGCAUGAAUCCGCUAGUGUAUGGUUCCUACGCGCUGCGUCUAAGUGGAGCAAUUCAAAGGUUCUUCAAGAGAACCUGCUGCUGGUCCACCACCACUUCCGAUACAGCUGCUAACUCAGGUACCAGCUCUUUGAAACAUAGAAACAAUAAUACAGCCGGCGCAUGUCUCGUUAAAUCUGUUAAGAAUGGACGAGUAAGACCGCGUUUAGGUGUGCGGUUCGCCGAGACGUCACUGACAGCGCUUCCUGAACGUUUGGAAGUGAACAAGGCGCGUGGUCCCGCCUGACAGCCGCCCGCCCGUCUCCACUGCGCACGACAUGAGCGAUGCCGCGUGCUCCACGAGUAUUACAGAAGCAGAUCUACUGCUGUGUAACAUGGACGUAGCUGGGCUGGCACAGGUUUAAGAGAUUGAGUUUCGGGUGAUGUAUUUUUCAUUAUAUUUAAAAGUGAUACUAAGAUUACCGGAGUGCCAGACUCAUCAUGUUCCUAUCCCGACUACUAGCUACGCUCGAUCUAUACGAACGAUGAACAAUUAAAAAUUUUAUAUGUGCUAUG